CAAUCGAGUGACGUCACAGGAGAAGAGAACCCGCUUUUUCUCCUUGCCUAAGAUUGUCAUCGCACACGCACGGCAAAGAAUCCAAGAGGUCUCCCCACUGCUCUGCACCCGAAAUUCCGAAUUAGAGGGAGACAGAGAGCGAGGGCUGUGCUCGAUCGGAUUGCCGAUUCCGAUCAAUGGCCGAGCUACGCGACGGCGACAAGCCACUUAGGAAGAUCGCGCUGUCGUUCAAGGAGCUCGCGGCGGCCGCGGACUCCCAGACGGCGGACGUCGAGGUCGCGCCUUUCUCUCAUGCCUGCUCUCUCGUGUCCCCUCUCUUCGGCUGCCUCGGCAUCGCUUUCAAGUUCGCCGAGAUGGAUUACGUCGCCAAGGUUCAUGAUCUGGCAAAUGCAUCCAAGUCAAUGAUGACCUUGCAGGGGUUGCUGGAUCAUGAUAUGGAAAUGAACUGCGUCAGGAAAGCAGGUAGCCAUUCGAGAAAUCUUCUGAGGGUGAAGCGUGGCCUGGACAUGGUCAGGGUACUCUUUGAACAAAUUCUCGUAUCAGAGGGGAACUCCUUGAGGGAUCCUGCCUCCAAGGCUUACGCACAGGUUUUUGCUCCUCACCAUGGGUGGGCUAUUAGGAAAGCUGUAGCUGCAGGGAUGUAUGCCCUUCCCACGAAGGCACAGUUAUUGAAGAAACUCAAUGAGGAUGAGAACUCGGCGAAGACUCAUAUGCAGGACUACGUUGUUGCUUCAGAACCUGUCAUUCUUUACAUAAACAAACUCUUCCUUUCAAGAGAACUAGGCAUUGAUUGGUAAAACCAUGGUGGAAGUUUGCAGAUUAUUUUCUGAUUUAUUUGUGAUCAUGUAUUCAAUAGAAGAAACGUAAAUGACAUCUGAUGCAUCAGUAUUUUCUUUAUGAGUCAAAUAAUGUAAAGUUUGUCGGUUGAUUAGAAUCCCUCGGAAUGCUAUUCAAGAUAAUCUCUUUUAGUUGCAGGAAA